AUGCUAGAGGGCUUUGGUCACCCGAGGAAGACGAGAAGCUUGUCAAUUACAUUUCUACUUACAAUUAUUACUAAGCUUGCUGGCUUACAACGAUGCGGAAAAAGUUGCAGGCUUCGAUGGAUAAAUUAUCUAAGACCCGACCUUAAACGUGGGAGCUUCUCCCCCCAAGAAGCUGCCCUCAUUGUUCAACUUCAUAGCAUUCUUGGCAACAGAUGGGCUCAGAUAGCAAAGCAACUACCGGGAAGAACGGACAAUGAAGUGAAGAAUUUUUGGAAUUCGAACAUAAAAAAGAAGCUGAUCUCUCAUGAGGUUUCAGCUUUGACCACCUUUUCUGGCCAUCUCCAAAACCCUAAUGUUUCCAUUAAUAAUGAGGGCUUCUUUAUUCUCAAUGCAAACCCUAAUUUGAUUCUGACCACCUCAGCCCAUCAAGAUCAGCCAUGUCUUCCAACUUCAACUCUACAAGCUGGUUAUGAUCUCAUUGAUUAUAAGCUUCAACAAUUUUCCAAUCUCAAUCCAAAUGCCAAUUUGGUUCAUUUGCUGCCUUCGUUUUCCCCCUCAACAAACCUUUUACCUCAUAACCCUCCGUCGUGGCAGUCAUUGGGAGGAUACCGUUCCCAAUCGCUCGACUCCGAUCAACUAAUGGUUGCAAGCGGAGAGUUUGUCACUCCAAUGACUACACUACCUCAAUACGUCGAUGGUUCGAUUUUGCAUCCCGCAAAAUUAUGCGAAGUUGGUGAGGAAAAUAUUUGCUCAUCAGUUCCACAAAUUUCAGCUCCUUCGCAAGAUCNAAUUAUUACUAAGCUUGCUGGCUUACAACGAUGCGGAAAAAGUUGCAGGCUUCGAUGGAUAAAUUAUCUAAGACCCGACCUUAAACGUGGGAGCUUCUCCCCCCAAGAAGCUGCCCUCAUUGUUCAACUUCAUAGCAUUCUUGGCAACAGAUGGGCUCAGAUAGCAAAGCAACUACCGGGAAGAACGGACAAUGAAGUGAAGAAUUUUUGGAAUUCGAACAUAAAAAAGAAGCUGAUCUCUCAUGAGGUUUCAGCUUUGACCACCUUUUCUGGCCAUCUCCAAAACCCUAAUGUUUCCAUUAAUAAUGAGGGCUUCUUUAUUCUCAAUGCAAACCCUAAUUUGAUUCUGACCACCUCAGCCCAUCAAGAUCAGCCAUGUCUUCCAACUUCAACUCUACAAGCUGGUUAUGAUCUCAUUGAUUAUAAGCUUCAACAAUUUUCCAAUCUCAAUCCAAAUGCCAAUUUGGUUCAUUUGCUGCCUUCGUUUUCCCCCUCAACAAACCUUUUACCUCAUAACCCUCCGUCGUGGCAGUCAUUGGGCGGAUACCGUUCCCAAUCGCUCGACUCCGAUCAACUAAUGGUUGCAAGCGGAGAGUUUGUCACUCCAAUGACUACACUACCUCAAUACGUCGAUGGUUCGAUUUUGCAUCCCGCAAAAUUAUGCGAAGUUGGUGAGGAAAAUAUUUGCUCAUCUGUUCCACAAAUUUCAGCUCCCUCGCAAGAUCUUGACCCAUUUACCAAAUUAUCAAGCUUUCCAAAUGGUUAUUACCCACAAGAUCAAUGCUUGGCAGCCAAUCAAAUGGCAAUGNAGUAUGUUUUGUAG